CGCGCGGUUUCGAGAAGUUUUGGCCGACAUUUUGUGUUAUGACUGAACGUCGGGAUGUGAGGUUUCCGUGUUUGUUGUGGAAGCGACGUCAUGACUCGUAUUGAGGAGAACUCGUAAUUACAAAGCCUUCUUCUUUGCUGGCGCCCAAGGGAAUGAUUUGGAGACAUACUUUGAUUCAAUUCGAUGGCUGCUUCAAGUGGACCAAGUGAAAAGAUAAUUUGAUGGUCAAAGCCACUGACACGUUCAUUGAAGCUACUGUCGCAGUAGCAAUUUCAUCGCGGUUUCAUAGAACAUGGCUUCCUUCUGGGAAAAACUUGCGGAACCGUAAGUAAAAUUGUAUAUAUUUUGAACGCUUUCCUCAUUGCGCGAGGAAAAGGCUCGAAUCAUAGAAUCGAUUGUACAAUCUUAGAAUAAAAUGGUGUAACUCUCUUCCCUACUACAUGUCAGUGAUAUAAUAUCGUAUGAAAUCGGUCGAUUUCCACGUUUAUCGGUUUUCUCUCUUUUAUAAGUAUUAGAUAAUAUGGCAGUUAAAUCUACAUCGGAAAAGUCAGUACUUGAGAUGAAUGAGGAAAUGUUACGUUGUUUUGACAGGUGAAGGCUUCAAUUUGAUUUGGCGAAAUCAGGUUUGUUUUCUGAACUCGGUACGGUAGACGUCGGUCUAGAACACUCUAAUUAACGAAAACUACUAGAUUAGAUUGCCCAAGUCUGAAACUUGUUUUUUAAUGUCGCCUGGGGAAAUGUCUCCCUGUUUAACGAACAAACGAGAGUUUUACUUGUAGCCCGUCGAGUAAUGCGUCGAAGCCAUAAUUUUGAAAGGAUCGUAGAAAAAAAAUGUUUCACGCAGUGAAAGAGCGUUUUGCCAACGCGAAAUUUGUACAUACUGCGCGCGCAUUUUUCCAGAUUCUUCACCAAAAAAGAAAGGCUCAGAUACAGGUAAGCACAAUAUUCAGCAUUUUAUCUUGAGUCAUGCAAUUGUUUACUGCGGAGACACCGAAACAUUGUUAGUUUGUGGUUGGGGGAAUUGUGUAUUUACAUUUUUACCUUGUGUCAACGAAUAUUUUAGCAAGAACAAAUGUUAUCAACUAGAAUGUAGCGCCGGCAUUAAACUGAAAAAUUUGCUUCUCGAAAGCUACUGACCAUUAUUAAUAUUAGUUAUUUCGGCAGGUAAAUCGAUUUUUUGCGCUAAAAUAUAUGAGUUUAAUUUUAGAAACUUUUGACAUAUUCAAACAAAAGGAAGUCUUGCUUGUUUUCGAUAAUUUCUAAAUCAAGGCCUUUCUGGGUCUUGUUUGCUAUCUUUGUUUGUCUUAACUAUGAAGUACUUGAGUUCUUGAAAAGAGUUCAUUGAAAGUGCAUGAUUUUUGCUGUCUGAUAUUAUCAUAAGAAUUUGACACCUUUUCUUUUCAACUGAGAUUUAAUAACGCAAUUUCUUUGUUUUGAAAUUCUCGAGCAUAAUUUCCCAGGCCUACUUCUUUUUCUACGAAAAUUGUUUGAGUUUUUUGCUGUUUUCUGACACGUGCCAUUUUGAGGUGAAACUGACAACAUUUUAACGUCUCACUUUUUGUUGUUAAAUUAACUGGAAUAACACGCCUUAUUUAAAUGUACAAAAAGAGUUUCAGUCGCGUGUGAAAAUGAUGAAUUUGUGUUUCUUAAAGCAUUUAGAAGGUUUCAUUAUUGUAUCAUACUGCAUUUUGCAUUGUUCGUUAGUAAAGAGGUCUCUGUUCGAGUAAUCUUUGAUUGUUUGUGUUGUGGUUCAUUAGACUUUGUACAAUUCGAAGUUUAAUUGAUGGACUUAACCACGUGCGUUCUAUUCAAUGCCUUCCGUAAAUCAAUUAAGAUAAACGAAAGGAGCCUUGUGGGGGUUCUAAUUAGAGCUUUACUUUUGAACCCUUUUCAUUCCUAACAAUGCAUAAACCUAUAAUUAAAUCAAGUUAACACAUUUCAAGUUGUAAGAAAUCAAAUAGUAGAAGCGCCGGACUGUGCGGCGAAAGAACUUUCAAAGAGGUUUUCAUUGGUGAAUUUUCUUACCAUGCGAUUUAUUUUGUAUCUUAUGUUAUUACUGCAUAAAUUACUUUGCAUCACUGUACAGCGUGACUUAGUAGGCCUAUACUAUACUGCUGAAGAUGUAGAAUAAACAAACAUUUCUCCUUAAAUUUGUCUUUUCUCAUUACUUUACUUCCAGUACUACAGCUCGAGAAUAGCAUUUUGUUUUCCAAAACCUAACUUGUAACGUAGAUAGUGCUUUUGUGUUUUUGGCUCUAAGUAAAUUAAAAGAAAAAAGGGAAUGCUUGUUUCUUUGCUUACUUGUUAGUAAUGCUGUGAUCGACACAUUACAGCUAGCUAUUUGCGAUCAUGGCCAGCUGUGUUAACCGCUGCCCUGUGAGUACAACUGGGACGUACAGUAAUUGGCAAAACAAUGCUGCUAUAGUGUUCUGCCGGACCCGGCGGGAGUUGUUCACAAGCGUACAAUCAUGGUAAAAAAUACCUCUGCAGCGAGGACACUGAAAGCCAUACAAUUCCUACCUUUAUCUUCUAAACACCAAUAUUGAGUAGACUGGAAUGGGUUUUCCUUUGGUGACUUCAGUGAUUCUGAUGUUUACUGUAGCAAAAAACAAAACAAGCGCACCAUGAGAAGGUAUCAUUGAGAGGCUUAUUUCAAUGCAAACAUAGUGUUGGUUACUCAUAUUGCAAGAACAAUGUGUAUCCGUAAAUUAAAAGAUUAACCCUUUAAGUCCCGAUAGUGACCAAGAUCAAUUUUCUCCUAACAAUAUCCAUAUGUUACCAAGAGAAAUGGUUGAGAGUUAAUAAAAUGAUCACCUAAGAGAAAAUGCUUUGAUCUUCUACCAAAUUCUCUCAACUUAUUCCUUAACGAAAGGUAUAAAGACCAGUUUGGAGAAUUUGUAUGUGGGUAUUGGGGCUUAAAGGAUUAAGAUUAAACCCUGUUCAUUUUGGUCUCAUUGUUCUUAUUUCGUUUCUAGUCUCCCUGAUCCAUCAUCGUGCAGAGGACGCAACGCUUCUGCUAUCUUUGGUGCUGGACCAAGCUUUGGCCUCACCCCAGUAGAGAUCGUUCCCCAGUUUAGACCAGCCCCACCCAAAAGAACCUCAGAACCAAAGAAGGUCAAAAGGAGCCAAAGUGAUGUAGGACUCAGGAAACGGCCCAAUUUAAGGCGCAAGUCUGGAGACUUUAGCCAACUAAGGAAGCACAGCGAGACUGAAGCCAAGCCCUUAAACGGUGUGGUUUGUAACGGAGAAACUGCACUUGACUGCUCACGAUCACCGGUAUCAAACGGAAGUUGUAGUACCCAUCAACCUAGUGAUAUCGUUGAUUUUGCCCCAGAUAAUUGCCAGGAAUCAGACGAACCCUCCAGUAGGUAUCCAUUGUUUAUACAAGUCAAGAACAGUGCGCAAGAUCAGAGUAAGGCGCGCAUAGUAAAACCUGUUGGUAGGCCCUCAAAUCAAGGCCCUAGUAAACAGGAAAACGCUCAAAGUAAACAACCAGUUCGGCCACGAAGAAGCGCCAGUUUUUCUACACCCAGGAAGACAAGUGAAUCGAGGGCGCUUGGUGGUGCCCCAUCUCGACCUUCGCAGGACACUGUUCGAAACGGCAAUCUACGUCGCGAAAAGAGCGAUAUUGUUGCCAAACCUCGCCGUGCGCAAUCUCCCGCUAACGUUUCUUCAAUUCCGAGACCCGCGCGGUCAAACUCUUCCGCUAGUCUUAAACAAGACAAGGGUUUAUUGAGUCCCCGAUCAAAGUCACCAGCUGGUCUUCAACGCGAAGCCAGUGACUUAACAAGACGUCGUGCACCGUCAGGUUUAAGGCGAGAAAAAAGUGAUAUUGUCCGUUCAAGAGGCCAAUCUAGAACUGACAGCCCGGUUGUAACUUCUGAAAAUACCGUGAGCAACAUAAGUCGGUCAUCAAGUAACAAAAGUUUGCCUUCAAAUAAACUGAGUAAAUCACCGUCGAAAAGUUCAAUCGAAGAAACUCGUUCCCGUUCUGGAAGCAGUUCAGAAAUGUCAAAGAUUCCAUCUCGUAUUCCUUCCCUGGCGAAACAAAAUGGCGCUGAAGAGCGCACCCCUCCCAAGAGUAAGAUCCCAUCCCUGGGUAAAGCUGAUAAGGGGCAAGAAACAGUUAAGAAAUCGCAGAUUCCUUCUGUAGGACGUAAAGACAGCACUUCACAGAAAGAAAAACCAGCCAGCAAGAUUCCAUCCUCUGCGCCACAACAAAGUAGGCCUGAUUCAGCUAAAGAAAACAAGGACCCUACUGUCCCUGAAAAUGGACACGAAUCAGUCAAGCAAUUUAGUAAAAUCCCUUCGUUUGGUAAAGGGGCUAACGUCAAGCCUAAAAUUCCUUCAGUACCACGUAAGGAUAGUCAAACUAGCAUCCCAUCGACACAGAACGGGACUACGGACAUACAUUCCCCUGUAAGUGACUCCAAUAGAAGUAAGUCAUCAAGUGCUGCUCACACUCAGCAGGGUACAGGUAUCCCAAUGGGCAUCAGUCGAAUCCCAUCAUUCACCAAGUCACCAACGCCGUUAAAAAAAGACGACUCCGCUCCUUCUCAGUCGCGCAUUCCUCCACCUUCCACGAAACCUUUAAAUAAAGUUACAGAUUCGAAGCUACCCACCCUAGGAGGUUCCAAAGUGUUGGAAACGGAUGGACCAUCUGUGACCCAGUCUCACAUUCCAAGCCCUUCUUCCCCUACUCCAAAUAAGACUUUCGAGUCUAAAAUCCCACCUCCUGGGGGACCCAAGAUUCCAGAGCCUAAGCUCUCAACCAAGUCUACACCAAGCUCAUUACCAACCGCACCUAAAACAAGUGGGAUACCAAAGCCAGGAGAGCAACUUCAAGGCACCAAAAUUCCUGCUCAUACAGGAAUACCCAUGGCGUCGUCUCCUACGGAGUCUAAAAACAAAAUUCCCAAGCUGGCAACAACGCCCAGAUCGAAUGUUCCUGACGCAAACGAAGCUGCUGCUUCCAAGCCAAAACGAUCGAUACCAACCCUUGGAGGUAGGCAGCCGUCUAUGGAGAGAGAGAGUUCGAGCCCAGCUGAACCGAGCACUCCUCCUAGUACUCCAAUAGGCAAGGACGCUAUGGAGUCACCCUUGGAUAAGUACAUCUUUUCUGAAGCUAAGAGAGUGGAGCAACUGCUGCUAGACGAACCGAUGGAGGUGACAAGCGGCGCAGAUGUAGAAGAAGACGAUGAAUUUUUAAGGCAAGAAAGAGAGAUUUUGGAGCAGGAAGAGCUACAACGCGAGAAAGGACUAAAAAUGUUGGAUUCCAAAGAGGCCGAGGAUUUGAUCAGUGAGGUUUUGAAGAGCUAUGCUCCAGACAAACUAGAAGACAAACAAAUUACUACCGAGAAAGGCUACAAUGAAAAUGUUAAAGAAAAGAUAAAUAUCGAUGAAAUAGUUCUUCAGCCGACCGAGGUGCAAACGCCGCCAAAACUAGGCAAAACAGGAGUAAGUACUGCUAAAGAAGAUUCCGUGCAGGUGGAACAAAGUGGCGUUAAAGAGAGUGUAAGCACAACUGAAGAAAAGAAAGAGAAUGCUAAAACUGUGGAAACCAAAGUUUCAGACUUAAAAAUUUCUAUUCCAUCUAAAACAGCCGUUGAAAGUGAGAUUGAAGAAAAAACUGACAAAAAAGAGACAAAGAACCAAGGACCUGGUAUUAAUACUUUAGGCGAAUACGCCCAACAAGCUAGACUGUCGCGUAGUCGACAACGAAAAAUCGUCAGUCCUAACUCAGAAGAGCCUGAGAAAGAAUUUCUGGCCAAUCUAGAAAAGGUAGAGAUAGAAGAGGAGAAAAAACCACUGCCUAAGGAGCCGGAGAAGGAGCAACCCAAAAAAGACAUCAAAAAAGACAAAUUUGGUACAGCACCGUUUGAGGGUGAGAAGAAACCUAAGGAGGCUGCGAAGACUGCAAAAUCCAAAUCAAAAAGCGAUAAACCGAAGUUUGUGAUCGAGUCAUCGCUGGGAAAAGAUUUUUACGCCACCAGAAAAUCAAGCGAAAGUGUUGCGUCUAGGGACAGUGUUCACGACGAUGUCGUGAAAUCUUCAUUUAAACCAGAAAUUUCUGCCCUGGUGUUUGAAAAUAAAGUCGCUCGAGAACCGUUAACACUAAAACAGACGGACGCGUCUCCAGAGGAACAUGCUAUGAGCCUGGAAGAGGCGGAAUUUGAGGACGUUGACUUGAAUGCAGAACCUGCAAUUGCGAAACAAAGGCGUGAACUUUCGCGAAGCGUGGACGAUCUGGACGAGAAGACUGUGAAGUGCAUGUGCGGUAGGGGAGGAAAGUGUUCCAUAAUGUAAACAGUCACACAAACAUGUCACUGCAGCUGAAUGAUUGUUCGACUAUUUUCACCUGUACAUUUUGAGCACAAUUUGUUUUAUUUUCGAAGCGGGACCAGUCAUUCACACCUCAUUGCUUGAUGAAGACUUCUAGGCUGGGUUUUCAGAGUUUUAAGCUAAGGAGAAAUAAACUGAGCUUUUUUUUUCUAGGAUGAGUUUAUAAAAAAUUGUUAUUAAAAUUUAUGGAAUUGAGAACUGUGAGACGUUUGGCCUUUUGCAGCGUUGGGGGUUUCUCGUUAUGCUAACUGGUGUGACCGGGCAAACACAUCCUUGUUAGGGGGGAAUACCACAUGAAAGGGGCGGGGAUGUUUGUUUUCUCCUUUGGGAGAUUAGCAAUUUCUGUUUUGCUUUGGUGCCACUUAAGGUGUUAAGAGCGGGAGCGCCAUUUCUUUUACAUACUCAGAUAUCGUUUUCGGCUCUGCAUGAAGAGAAAAAAGAAAGGUGACAAAAAGAUUAGCGACAACUUCUUUAUCAUAAUUAAAAUUAAAUUGUAACCCGAUGUACACUGAUCGCGGC